AUGGACAGUGACUUGCACAUUGAGGUGAGCGGUUUUCGGAUUUCGGUUUCUAGGAUUAACCUUAACCCUGACCCCAGUGCCUCCGAGCCUAUCCGCCACAGUUCUUUGGAGAGCUCGACUUCCUCCUUCGAACUUGUGGACCCCGGUGCCAGUCCUCCCGCAUACUCUUCUCUGCCCCCUCCCGACUCGCUUUACCCCUUGCAGGCCUCCGGGCCCCAGGCGUCUUCAGGCGCAGGUUUGGGUCGCAGGCCCUCUGCCAGGUCCCAGGUCAGGUCCUUGCUCUCCUCGCAGGCCUCAGGUGCUUCCUCGCAAGCCCCCGUUGCCCCGAGCCAGCCUACCCGUGCAGAGGCGGCCGAGCCUCCUUUGUCGUCUUCCCCACUGCCCGUCAGGUCUCAGGUCCUUGCCAGGUCAGCCCUUCCCUCGCCCCUUCGCGUGCCAGAGUACCCCUUGCAAGGCCCGCUGAGGCCUAGGUCAGAGGUCGAGGCUUCCUUCCCAGAGUUGCCUAGGUGCCUCUUUGACUCCUGCCGCGUGCUCCGUGGAGGCUCUGUAUCUUGGCAGGCCCGGGCUUUGCGUGCGUGGGCAGCCGGCUGCUGGGCCAGAGCUGUUCUUGAGGCUCAAGUAGAGAGCCCCAACCACUCGGGCUCCAUUGGCCUGAGCAACAGAGUGUACUGUGUGAUUGCGGCCGAGGGCCUUGGGAGCCCCGCCAUUGUGCAUUCCUUCCCGGCCUACAAGGCUAUCGUCGGUGAGCUCCGCCGUGGAGGCUCGAUCUCCCACGGCUUCCCUUCCGAGGCUGAGGCCAGGCUGUACUUUGCAGGCGCGGGCCUUGACUACCCUUCGCUCCCCGCCGUGGAGGCAGGCCAGGUUACACUGUUGGAGUUCACCUGGCCCUGGCCCCCUGGAGGAUUGGGAGACCCAGCCACCUGCAUUUCCUAUGUGGUUAUGAAACGCGCCGAGGGUUUCGUGCUGUGCCUGCCGACCGGCUUCCUGCCCAGCGAUGCCCUCCAGGAAGGUUUGGUCAACGACUCGCCCGAGGGGCUGGGCCCCUCCUUGGAGCUCGAAGCCUCAGCGGUCCGCCUUGCAGCCUCGGGCCAUGUGCCGAAGUCCAUUCAUCACCUAGUGGGGCCGCCCCCCGCGACUCGUGCCAGGCCCAAGCUCCCCUCGCCCGACAUCGACCACGAGGCCCAGCUAGCACUUAUCACUGGAGGCGGCGACUCGCAGCCGCCCGCAACCCAGGCUCUCGCCCCGGACUCUCUGGCAGCAGCCGCGCUAGCGCAGUCAAAUGCCCUGGUCUCUCUGGUUGGCCAGCUUGCUCAGGGCUCUUCGGAGCCAAUGCUAGACAGCCCCUCCACGACUUCUGUUCGGGGGGCCCUGGGGAGGCAGAAGCUGCAACAGGAGCUAGCCAGCACCCCCGGCGUGUUCUCACAGCGCAUCCGCCGGAACGCGGCCCUGCGUAUGAACCCCACGGGGCUUGUUGGGGCGGACUUUGCCACCAUGGUCAGGUACUUGGAAAGGCCCCGCAAACGCCGCCGCACCUUAGCCCAGCACGUGAGUGUUGUUCUCUGUGUGGUGGUGCUGGCGCUUAACUUCCUUCAUGCCGAGGGGAAGCACGUGCCGCCGGAGGCCUUGCGGAGGCGUGCGCCCGGCUGGGCGGCUCAUUGCUUCAGCCAGGGCGAAAAGGAUGAUUGUUACCUUGGCCGGCCCCGGCCCCAUCACGAUGAGACUUUUGUGCCCCACCGCCCGGGUGGGCCCGAGGAGCUUCGCCCCUACCGGGACCUUGACCCUAGCCGCGUGACGCUUUCUGGGAGAGGCCAGUGGAGGAUUUCCGAGCACCUUGACCCGAGCCUGCUUCUCCCUUUCCUUGAGCCGCGGGCUCUGCAGACCUUUGUUCCCCAGCCGGCCCCGGGCCCUUGUUUUAAGCACGAGCGGAGCUCCACUACCACGGGCCUGCUGCGAAAGUGGGACGAGCUUGGACUACUGCACCUCGUCCCUGGCCCUCUGGAGGAGGACCGGCUCACCCGUGUGUUUGGGUCGUACAAGGACCAGGACAGGGACAGGCAGAUUGGCGACCGCAGGCACAUGAACAACCGCGAGGCGAGGAUAACCGACGGCCCGUCCCGACGCCUCCCGUCCGGCUUCCAGCUUGUCAGGCUUACCUGCCCCCGUCGGACCCAUGCGCUGUACGGGUCUUGCGUUGACAGAAAGGACUUCUACCACCAGGCAGCUGUGACCCCCCAGCGGGCGUCGACGAACGCCGUGGCACCUGUCUUCUGCCUCAAGGAUUUCCUUGGGACCCAAGCGUUGCAGGAGUUCCUUGCCGCUGCCGACCGGGCCUACCUCGAGGCCUGCGACCCGCCAGGCUCCUUCAGGCCCUCUCCGGUUCUUGUUUCCUCGGAGCUCAAGGUGCACGGUGCCUUCAAGAGCCUUUUCCAGGGUGACCAUGCCGGGGUCGAGUUUGCUUGUUCAGGCCACGAGGGAUUGUUGAGGUCAGCCGGUGUCCUUGGUGAUCCCCCCGGCGGCAGACUCCUUAACCGGUGCCCAGUUGCCACCCGUGGCCCUUGGACAGGUCUGGUGAUAGACGACCUGUUUUGCAUCUCGUGCGAGGCAGCAGCCCGCGAGCCAGGUCGUGAAGAAGGUCCUUUGUCGGGCGCCGCCCGCCCCGUUGUGUCAGAAGGUGAGCGUUUGCUGCGUAAAGCCAAGGAGGCCUACCACAGGGAAGGUGUCGAGGGCUCCGGCCCGAAGGACGUCUUCAGCCAACGAGUCUUCACCGUCGCCGGGGCGCAGGUCGACGCCUCCCCCGCUUCCGUGCAGGCCGGCUGUGUGCUUGUUGGGCUCCCUGCUCCGCGCCGCCUUGCCCUUGCCCAUGCCUCCCUUGAAGUUGCGUCUGGCCGCUUUGUCAGCGAAGAGCUUGCCUCCGUCCUUGCUGGUUGCUGGGUCACCUCCCUCCUUUACCGAAGGUGUCUCAUGGCCGCCAUCGGCCCCCUGUUCGCCGUUGGCAAAAAGACUGCCGAGACAGGAGGCAGCCACCUGCAGCCCCUUGGGCCCGCCGCUCGUCAAGAUCUCGUGCUGCUUGCGGCCCUGGCCCCCGUGAUGGUGUCCAACGUUGCCGCGCCCAUCAGCUGCAAGGUUGGCUGCUCGGACGCCUCUCUCGAGAAAGGCGCCGUGUGCACUACGGACGUGUGCCCGGCCGUGGCAGAACACUUGUGGCAAACUGCUGGCCAGAAGGGUUGGUACACUAAGCUGCAGGACUCCCACGAGGCCCCCUCUGGUGAAGAUGAGCUGUCGGAUGAGGAAGCAGGCCCUGCCCCUCCCUCUCCCCAAACACCGCCCGCGAUGCUGUAUGAUUUCCUUGAGGUUCGGACUGGUGGGCCUUGGGCCUCGACCGCCUUCCCUCCACACCUCCUGCUGGGCCCUGUCAUUGAUGCACAGGCCUCCCCUUUCUUCAGGAUUUCGGCCCCAGCCUGCCUAGAAUGGGUUCUCUGGUUGAUUCAGCACCAGCGGCUUCGCUCAAUACUUGUGGUGCCUCCCGUCGGUUCUUUCUCUCACCUUGCACGGCCCCGUGCCAAAAGCAGCCCCGGUGCCCUUGCCAAGGAUCGCAAGCUCCUCGCAGCCGCCCUCGCCAUCAUGCUGGUCGCUGGCCGCUGUGGCGUUCCGGCGGUGCUGCUCCACCCCUCUUCUUCUCGUGCUCGUUUUCUGCCCCACUGGCUGAGCCUCGUCACCACCCACGGUUUCAAGGAGGCUACUCUUGCAGGCUGUGACGUGUUUUCUAUCCCCGGGCCCCCCGUUGUGGCCCUCCUCUCUCCGGCUGCCUGUUCGGGCCCGUCUCCUUUCGAGAAGCUUCAGUCUGAGUGCAAGCCUGCCACUCCGCUCGCUGUUGCGCUGUGCUUUGAGGCUCUGCUUGGCCCGCAGCCCCUGGCCUCACCUGCCACCGGUCUGGAGAACAUCCUGCUCAACGACAUCAUGGUCUCGCACCAGUGGGCCUCCGAGUCUGCAUGGCCGUGGCGGGACCGCACGCACAUAAACGUGCUUGAGGGCCGCGCUUUCUUACGUGCCCUGCGCCUGCGUGCCCUUGCCUGCGACGAGCAGCGUUUUGUCCAUGCCGUUGACUCUAGUGUUGUGCUUGGUGCUGCGCUCAAGGGCCGGACCAGCUCGAGAUUGCUCAGGCCGGUCGUUAUGAAGGCGGCGGCGCUGCAGGUCGGGUUUGGACUUUACCCCGCGCUCCACUUCUGCCCAACGCGCCUCAACACCUCAGACUGCCCGACUCGUGACCGCCCCCUGCCCUUGCCUGUCCCCGGCUGUCUUGCCAGCGCCUUUCAAGAGCGGGACCUCUACGGCCUUUCCUGUCUUGGGGGCCUGUCCCGUCCCUCCGCCAACUGGCUUCGACUUGGCCUCUUGCUUGCCUGCUCCUCCCCCGGCUCGGACGGCACCCUUUUCCUUAAGGCCCUAACCCUUAAGUUCAGGGACGCGAAGCCACCUCAGAGCAGCAAAGCGGCCCGCCAGCAGCCCGUGUGCCAGAAGGGUUUCGACAGUACUUUGGGUUUUCCAGGUGAGGGUCCUCAGACACCUGUGAGCGAGGCCCCCCCGCUUGAGCCCCGCAACCACCGAGACCGGGCCCGCGCCAAAGCCCGAGCCGGCUUUGCGCUGGCCCAAGGCAGGCCUGUUCUGGAAAGGACCACCAAGAACCGGGCUUUUUUGCUGAGCCUCUUUGGCGACUGGCUUAGGUCAUGUGGCCUAGACCUGGAGGACCUCCUCGACAGCAACAAGGCCACGGCCGAGACUGUGAACGACUGGGUUGUUUGCUACGGCCGGCUGUUGUUUGAGAGUGGCCGGCCCUACUGGCAUUACUCUGAGCUCAUCAACGGCAUCACGGCGAGGAAACCGAUCCUCAAGAGGGCCAUGCAGGCCUCUUGGGAUCUAGCCUUUUCCUGGAUGGCCCUUGAGCCCUCGACUCACCACGUUGCUAUGCCUGCUGUUAUUCUUUUGGCUAUGCUGGCAACUUGUUUGUGCUGGGGUUGGCUACCAGAGGCAGGGUUGUUCGCUUUGGCAUGGGGGGGCCUUCUCCGGAUCGGAGAGGCCACCUCCAUGGUCAGAGCGAACCUGGUGUUACCGCAGGACGUCCUCUUGUCCCAGCAGCACAUCUUAGCCAGGAUUGAGGAGCCGAAGACAAGGUUGCGUACGGCCAGGCAUCAGGCCGCGAAGGUUGAGCAGGCCGACUUGGUGCUGCUCAUCGCAACUGCUUUUGGCGACCUGGGCCCGACUGGUUCGAGGAGGGGCCGUUGGGCCUCUCAUCGCGUGAUGGAGAUCUACAUACAGGAGGUGAUGGCCUGCACGUUCCUCCCGCCGUCGAGUGGAAGCGAUUGGGAAUCCCUGCAGCCUCCUGGUAUGGUCUUUUCUCUGCCGGCUAGCGGCCAUUCAUUGGCUACAAACUUGCGGGAACAGCGGGAACAAGUGCUGAAGCUUUUGGUUUCGACUGCCGAUGACCUGGAUGUGUAUCCCCAGGGCUCCUGUAGGACAGAUGUCGGCUUCCAGAUGUUCGAGGAGGUCAUCAGCACCGUAGCACCGGAUUGGCCACCUGUCGAACAGGGCCGAGCGGCUUUGCCUGGCUUUGCCUCCAAGUUAUUUUGCAGUUGCUGUGUUGUCUCCCAAAGCGUCGUGAUGCCUGCCCAUACCUGCGCGAUCCUGCGUGUUUCCACCGCAGCGACGGCCUUGCAAUGUGAACGUUGCCAGAUGAUCUGCCAUUGGCCAUGGAAGCACAAGACGCCUUGCUCCCAUCUUGCAGCUUUCGGCGAGCAUGUGGACAACAUAGUGGAUGUUGACGCGAGCUGGACCAUAUCAGUAGUGCUGCUCACUGCGCCCAGGACCUUCGUCGAUUUGCAAGUUCGCGGUUUUGCAGGCCAUGCGAGCCAGAGGGCUCUGCUCGUGUGCGCAGCUUGUGUGAUGUCGGUUUGCUCUCCUGUGGACGUGCAGUGCACAGCACGGUAA